AUGGAUGGCAUUGACCAGAACUGGCUCCAACUGCGAGACCCCACCUGUUCCCUUACCUCCAAUGACACCCACAUCCUGGGCACGAUGUCCCUCAACACCUGUGGCACUACCAUUGAUGACUCUGGAGAUUUCAUCGUCUUCAAAAACGAGAUCAACUCCUUCGAGAACCCGAAUGCUGUUAUCACCAGGCGCAAUCAAGUCAAAUUCGGCUUCUCCUGCCAGUAUCCCAAAAUGGCCAGUGUCUCCAACCGCUACGUCAACCAUAAAUCUGACUACAUCUUCACUGAAUCCAGCUUUGGCACGUUUGGUUACUCGUUUGAAGUUUUCACCGACAGCAGCUUCAACAGUCAGGUAGAUCCCAGCCUGUAUCCAGUGCAGGUUCAGCUGAUGGACCAGAUCUACAUGGGCAUUGAAGCUCAUACUGCUCUACCAGAGGUCACUCUCUUCGUUGAGUCCUGCAGAGCCACUCCUGAAGACAAUCCAUUCAGUGCUGUCUUUUAUGACAUCAUCAAAGAUGGAUGUGUUAUGGAUGAUACAACCAUGGUUUACCCAAGUGCCUCCACAAAGUAUGACUUUCAGCUCCAAGCCUUCAAGUUCACAGGAGGCUUCGAUGAGGUGUACAUCAGCUGCUCCGUGAUCCUGUGUGCAAAAGACAGCUUAAACUCCAGAUGUGCCCAAGGCUGCCUAGGCCAAGCCGCACGCAGACGUAGGCGAGAUGUGAGCCAAGAAACUGCCAGGCACUACAUAACCCAGGGUCCCUUGCGAGUGGCGAGACAGACUCAUAAUGCUGCUUCAAAUGACGGUGGAUUUCUACACAUGAGCACAAGCACCGGGGUCUUUGCAGGACUCUUUGUUGUCUCCAUUGCAGUGUUGGUGGGAAUACUGGUAUAUAAUGCCAGAAGAACAAGACCUAUUGACCGCAUGCAUCUACUGUCCACUUUCUGAGAUACUUUAGUGGCCGGUUUGAGUAGACGCACAAAGAACUACAUCCUUUCAGACUAUAAAUUGUGGUUAACGUCUUUCCAGUUUCCCAUACAUGAGCAGUAGAUGAACAGUUUUUGAAGUAAAUGGUAUAAACGCACAACAAUAACCUUUGGUGUGGCUGGUAUUAUCCCAAUUCUUUCAUCAUCUUUUUUGCCACUUAUUUCCUUCUUCACUUUCACACAACAUUCCUCACUGAACAUAACAUGCUUAUUGGGGUGUAAUUAUAGAAAACAUGAACCUUCACUUAGUCUUACUGAGAAUGAGACGCCAU